UGAAGGCGGUGUCGAAGUUAAUUACUCCAACCUGGACUCUCUUUCCUGUCUGCCGGCUGAAAAUAUGUCUGCAUAUCACCGCCCUGAUGCUAAAAAUUUGCAGUCCCUUAGGGACAUGGCAAAUAAACUCCGGAUCGACAGCAUUAAUGCAACACAAGCAAGCAAUUCUGGCCACCCCACGUCAUGCGCUUCAGCGGCUGAGAUCAUGUCUGUACUGUUCUUCAACACUAUGAGGUACAGCACGACAUUUCCCCGCGACCCAGCCAGCGACAGAUUUGUCAUGUCCAAGGGCCAUGCUUGUCCUAUUCUGUAUGCAGCCUGGGCAGAGGCGGGUCUGUUUGAUGUGAGCGAACUGCUGAAGCUCCGCAAGCUGGACAGUGACUUGGAGGGACAUCCAACCCCUAGGCUGAACUUCAUUGAUGUGGCGACAGGUUCCCUGGGACAAGGCCUCGGCUGUGCUGCUGGCAUGGCCUACACAGGCAAAUACUUUGACAAGUCAGAUUACCGUGUGUACUGCCUGGUUGGGGAUGGUGAGAGUGCGGAGGGCUCAAUCUGGGAGGCUCUCUCCUUUGCUAGCUUCUACAAACUGGACAACUUGGUCGCCGUCUUUGAUGUGAACCGCCUUGGUCAGAGUGACCCAGCUAUGCUGCAGCAUGAGAUGGACGUCUAUGAGGCUAGACUCAAGGCUUUUGGGUGGAACACGUAUGUUGUUGAUGGGCAUGAUGUGGAAGUCCUGUGUAAGACCCUGCAUGAUGCCACCACUGUGAAGGACAAACCCACAUGUAUACUUGCCAAGACCUUCAAGGGCAAGGGAUUGCCAGGCAUUGAGGACCAGAUGAACUGGCAUGGGAAGCCAAUGGGCACCAAAGCUGAUGAAUUGAUCAAGAUACUAAAGGACAACAUGUCAAAAGAGGGUCCAAUUAACCUGCGGCCCCAGACUAUCACAGCCACUGUACCCAAAUCGGAUAUCUCCAACAUCCGCUUUGCAGAACCUCUAAAAUAUGAAAUGGGACAACAGGUCGCUACUAGAAUGGCCUAUGGUGUUGCUUUGGCUAAACUAGGUUCGAGCAAUGACAGAGUUAUUGCCCUUGAUGGUGAUACCAAGAAUUCAACAUUUUCGGACAAGUUUAGGGUUGCCCACCCCGAACGAUUCAUUGAGUGCUACAUUGCGGAGCAGAAUCUCGUAGGUGUGGCCAUCGGCUGUGCCACCAGGGACAGGACUGUUGCCUUUUGUAGCACUUUUGCAGCAUUCUUCACGCGAGCAUUUGACCAGAUCAGGAUGGGCGCCAUCUCACAGACUAAUGUCAACUUCGCUGGUUCCCAUGCUGGCAUUUCCAUUGGUGAGGAUGGCCCAUCCCAGAUGGCCCUAGAGGACCUGGCUAUGUUCCGGUCCAUCCCAGGCUCCACCGUGUUCUACCCAAGUGACGCUGUCUCAUGUGAGCGUGCAGUUGAGCUUGCAGCAAACACCCCUGGGGUCUGCUUUAUUCGAACCAGCAGACCCAAUGUACCCAUCAUCUAUGGGAAUGAUGAGGUUUUCGAAGCGGGAAAAGCAAAGGUUGUGCGUCGCAGUGACAGUGACAAGGUGACUGUGAUUGGAUGCUGUGUGACUCUGGUGGAGGCCAUAAGGGCGGCUGACAAGCUGGCUCUGGAUGGCAUCAACAUCAGAAUUAUUGAUCCGUUCACACUUAAACCCCUGGACCGAGACACCAUCCUAUCUAAUGCCAAGGAGACUGGGGGCAGGAUCAUCACUGUCGAGGACCACUAUGAGUGGGGAGGUCUGGGUGAUGCUGUGGCGGGAGCUCUUAGUGAGGAGCGAAACAUCUGCAUCAAGAAGCUUGCCGUACGAGAGGUCCCACGCAGCGGGAAACCUGCAGAACUAAUGGAGAAAUAUGGCAUUAGUGCCAACUGUAUUGUCAAGGCUGUCCACUCCAUGCUAAAGUAACCUGAAACCAAAGAUGUGAAAUCAGUCCAAUAAUAUGCCAUAUUGACUUUACCUCUACUUAAAAAAAAUCCAUCUUCUUAAAAUGUUGUUUAUGUAUAACCAAAUGUAACCAACGAACUGUUAGUUAGGUUCUACAAUUGUAUUGUAACUUUCUUAACGCAUUUUAAGUGUUUUGUAAAUGUUUUGUGAGUUUUGUGAACAUUUUGAAUUUGCAAGUUUUAUUAAUUUUUCCUUCUGUAGUUUUGUAGCUCUUUAAUUGUAAUGUUUAUCUUUUAAUUCAGUAGAUUUAAGUUGGAUUGGAAUUAUCAUGAGCAAGAAGUAUUUAGUUAUAAACUUUUUGACAUAUUUUUGAAAUUUUGUGAUGGAAUAUAACAUAUUCAAAUGCAGAGUUGAGUGUUUUUGUUCAAUUCAUCUCAACUUACAUCAACUUUUUGGUUUGGUGCAUUCCUUGUUACUGGAGAAAUUUAAGUACUGUUAAUAAAUAUUAAGCAGA